AUGAAAACCCAGGGCUCACUGUUAAGUAUUAACCUCACCAGCAGUCACCAGUCAGCACAUCAUCGAACAAACGGCGGGUACUCGAUGAACAUGAACUGACGAAGGGGAAAAUAUCACAAGUCUGAGGCCAAGCUGGAAAACAGUCUCAAUUGGCUAUACAUGAAAAUUUACCAUAUGCAUCAGAGGCAACAAAGCAUAGCAAAGGGCUGUUUUUUUAUGGAAGCUAUUAUGUUUUUUUUCUUUCAUGGACAAUUUGUUUGUUGUCUUCAUUUUUAUGUCUAAUAGAAGAAUAUUCUGUAUUGAAUAAGCUUUUUAAGUCAUGUCAGAUGCAAAACCAAGCCCUAGUAAUGGUGGCCAUAAACCUGUAAAGCGUGAGAAGGCCAAGCUUGCUUCAAGUCAUGUUAAAUGUCAUAGUGGCACUGUUCAUUCCAAAGAAACUGAACCCAGCAAAAAGUCUGAAAAGGGAGAUGAGGACAUUUCCAGCUUGGGCACCUUGAACUUCUCAAAACUUCUGGAAGGAGUGGUCUUUGUGUUGUCAGGCUUUGUUAAUCCUGAGCGCAGUGUAUUGCGGUCACAAGCACUUGAGAUGGGAGCAGAAUAUCAACCUGAUUGGAACUCAACUUGCACUCUUCUUGUGUGUGCAUUUCCAAAUACCCCAAAAUUUCGACAAGUUGAAGCGGAUUGUGGAACAAUUGUUUCAAAGGGAUGGAUAUCAGACUGUUACAACCAGAAAAAGCUUGUUCCUAUUGAAAGUUACCUCAUGCAUGCUGGAAAACCAUGGCGGAAACAACCUAUUUUCCAUGACAUUAGCCAAGAUCAAGAAACUAGCCCGCCUGGAAAACCUCACAAGAAAGUUGAAAGAAGAUCACAUCCAAAAACUAGUAUUUCUGCACCUUCGAAGCAGGCGGAAACUUCCAGUCCAGUUGUAAAACACCUUUCUCCAUCUAAACUGAAAAAGUGGGCAAUAGAUGAUUUGAAUAGAACUAUCUCAUGGCUGGAGAGUCAAGAAGAGAGACCAGAGCCUUCUGAAAUAAAGAAAAUAGCUGCAGAAGGGAUCAUCAUUUGUUUAGAAGACACUAUAGAGGCUCUUAAGCAAAAGCAGGAUAUUCGGCAAGUCACUGAGCAAUGGAAUUUUGUCCCUCACGUGGUCGAAGAGUUAGCAAAGCUCGACAGAAGCUGUGCAAGCUCAGCCUCAAAGGAAGAUCUUUAUCAACAGGCUCUGACCUGCAAACGCAUGUACAGGAUAGAGUAUGACAGUUUGGAGGAUUGUUCUGAAGUAAAGAAGAAAAAAUCAAAGACCAAUGAAGAACAUGGCAAGGAUUUUGAUAGGAAGGCUGAAAUGCCAAAGAAUGAAACAUAUGACAGUGAUGAAACAAUAGAAAUGACAGAAGAAGAAAUAGACCUUGCUUUCAAAACCAUUGCUCCCAAAAUUUGUAAAUGAUAGAUGUUCUUUUAUUGAUACAUUUACACCCAAAAAAUCAUUGCCUUCUGAAAAUUGACAUCAUUGCAGGGUUAUAACCGUAUGAGUAAAAGCCAUGACAAUCUCUGGACUCUGGGCUCUGGGUUGAGGUACUUGCUUCUGUUGUUUUAACCGUAGAUUUUUCUUAUCUCAGAGUAACGUGGCAAUUUCUGGCAAGUAGCAGUUUAUAUAUUAGAAAUCAUCUUCCUUCAAGCAUCGCUUGCUUUCCAGAAUGCUGAGUAUUGACAAAUGAUUGAUUUCGAUGUAUUGAGCCUUGCAUGAUUACAUGGGCCUGUAUCUAUAGACAUUGUUUUGCUUUCCUGAGCGCUAUCGAUAAAACUUGGUAAGUACCGAGCAAAACUCCAAUUCCAUGUGGGGUAUAUAUAGCGCUGAUAUGGAUUGUUGGAUUGAACAUUAACCCAAUCCAAUGGUCCUAAAAAUAUGUCAAAUUGUGUAGGUAAUCUCCCUACUUGAGAAUCUUCUCUUUUUUUUUUGUUUUUUUGAUAGAUUGGGAGAAUUGUUAA